AUGGAGAAUUGGUUGAAAUACGGGAAACUUGGAGUGAAACAUCCAUCAUCUCCUGAUCCACGCAAUGUUGCAGAGGCCGAUCCCGAUCUUGCAGUCGUUUUUACGAAAUGUAACGAGGAAGUCUCAAAUACAUACAUAAAUACAACAAAUGUUCAUACCCCAAAGAAGAGAAAACGAGGGGAUUACGGAAGCUAUUCGCCGGAACAAAGGGCAAAAAUGGCGAAAUAUACAAUAGACAAUGGGCCAGCAAAAGCUGCCAAGCAUUUCACCAAAAUCCUUGGUCGUCCAAUCAACGAAUCUACAUUAAGAAGCAUAAAAAACAACACAUAA